AUGUUAUCUUCAAAUAAUUAAGAUGAAGCAAUAUUAUCUGAAAGAAAUGAAUAAGAAUUAUUUCAAAGUGAUUCUUCUUAAGAAGAGAAUGAAUCUGAAAAUUAAUUGGAUGAGGAGAAUGAAAAUGAUAAAAUUGAACCUGAAAAUCAUUCAUUUUAAGAACAGUAACCUUAAUUGAAAGAUGAACAUAAAAAGAAAGAAAUUAAAGAAACAUGUUUAGAGAAAUUAAAAGGCUAUAUUGGAUUUGGCAAUUUUUUAACCAGCUAAAAAAUAGGUUAUGUAUUUUUCAUUCCAAUAUCAAGUAAAUGGACUUUUAAAAUGUAAGUCAUAAUUACACAAUUAAUUAUUGCAACAGUGUCACUUGGUGUAUUUUUUGGUAUUAGAUUUCUGGGCUAGGAUAUAUUUAAAAAUAUUAUUUAAGAUUGGUCUAAGAAAAAUUUUGCUAAAUUAUAAUAAGAACAAAUCCAAUAAGUUUCUGAAUAAUUCAUUACGUUAUGCUAAGUUACUUAUAUGAAUGAAAUUUAAUUUGCAUAAGUUAUGAACGAAGUUUUUUAAUAAAGAGUUAUCUAAUGGAAUGAAAAUCAACUUAUUUCAAUGGAUCAGAAUUUAGAUGAAUAUGCUAAAUUUUAUUAGUAUACUUCAAUUAUUGAUUAUGCAACUUAGAGUUUUUCAACUUAUAUGCUUUUAAAUGAUACAAAUUUAUCAUAAAGUGAUCUUUAAUAUUAUUUAAGUACAAACUAUUUAAUGAAAUAUAAUUAUGUAACAUUAACUUGCUCAUUUUUUUGGAUUUUCAAAAAUGGUUUAAUGGUAUAAUAUCCUGGAAUAAAUGUUACAGAUGUUUAGAAAUUUAAAAAUUAUAGAAAAAAUAUAGAUUAAUUAAGUUAAGAAACUUUAGAAUUUGUUUUUGACAAUGUUCUCUAAAAUUAUGUUCAAAGAUCGAUUUAUCCAAUUAAGAAUUAAAUGAAUGAAAUAAUUGGAAAUGUUUUCAUAGAAAGAUUACCAUAAAACUUUAAAGAUUUAUUCAUGUUAUUUGCAACUAGUGAUUUACUAAAUUAUACAGUUGUAAUCUCAAAUUAAGAUGGUAACAUUGUCUACUAAAGUGUUCAAACCUCGAAUUUUACAAUCAAUAUUAUUUAAUAACUAAUAGAAUAUCCUGAUGAAUAAAAUAUUUCAGAUUUCAAGUUGGAGAAAAGUGGAAAUUCUGAUAAUCCAUAUCGAAUCUAUAAAGGAGUUAUAAAUAAAACUAUCCAUUCUAUUUCUAUCAUAAGAUUAAACUUCAUCAUUAUAAUGUAAAAUUUAUUAUAAUAUAUAUUAGUGUAUAUCCUUAUACAUUACUCGAAUAAUAAUUGCAGAACUAAGAAGAAGAAUUCUAUACAUAUGAUAAGGAAUUUAAUGAAAGAUAUCUAGCUGCUUGUAUUGCCGCUCCUCUCAUCUAUAUCAUUUUAGUAGUUUUCUUUUUGGUUAGAGAAAUAAAACCUUUAGAAGAAAUUACAUUAUCAGCUUAAAUGUCCUUAAAAAAAUCAUAAGCUUUUGAUGAAAAAUCAUUAUCAAAUAUUAAAGGUAAUGGAUUAAUCUCCCAUUUAACUUCUUUAUUCAGCAAAUUAAUGUUAGAUUUGAAUUAGCUUAAACUAGAAAAAAAGAAAUAAAUCAUUGAAUUUUAUAAUUCAUAAACUUAUCCAAAAAAUAAUAAAGUUAAAAAUGUAGAUGAAAUUUUAAAAGAAAUUGAAAAGAUUAAUAUCGAAUAAAUUUAAUCCUUAUCCCCAAUACAAAUCCCAAAUUAUGAAGAUUGA